AUAUAUUCUUAUUAACAAUCAUAAACAAUUUUGUUGUUUUCGUGUAUGUUUUAGCGACGUAUAGAUACGUCUGGUACGAGCAGCUAUGCCGCAGCUGCACCAGCCCGGUACGCUGUUCAGUACCAGUCUGUACGCCAUAGCGCACCACUUCGAGUAUCUGUGCUACGGGAUACGCGACAGGAAGCAGAUGGCGCAGAUACUCGAGGAUGACACGUACCGCACCUACCCUGGACCGUUCACACGCUGCCCGUCCCGGGUGCUGGAGGGCGCUCUGCACGCUCUGCACACGUCACCGCGCGUGCGACACGUGCAGACGCGGCAUCUGCACAUGCUGCUGCAGCCGCAGCUGCUGCAGCUGCACCUCACGUUCGGGUCAGGAGACGUUCAUGUGGCACUGCAGCUGCUGCACGAACGCUGCACGGCACUGCGGGUGCUGAACAUCUCGUACCUGCGCAACAUUGAGCCGAACAUCCUACUGAGCCUCACCCCCAACCUCACCCACCUCACCCACCUCAACCUCGCCCACACAGAAGCGGACGACACCGUGCUGUCAGGCGUGGGGCGUCACUGUCCCCUCCUGCGGGACAUCAACGUCAGCUGCUGUCCCGUGUCAGAGAACGCCCUGCGCAGGCUCUUCUGGGACAGUCACCACAAGGUGAAGACGUGCGGGCGGGUGACGCGCGUGAACCUGACGGGCUGCGAGGUGUCGCCGGGAGGGGUGCGCGCUGGCCUGCUGCUGCAGCCUGCACUGCAACACGUCGAGCAUGAGAACAACCUGCUGGCGUUCGACGUGAACCAUGGCUACGACUGGGCGGACGAACUCAGCUACGCCAUCACGAGCCUCACGGCAACCGGCGUACUGGUGACAGAUGUCGCCAUGGACACUAUUGUUGCCGUGUGCCCGUGUCUUACGUCUCUGACGUUGUCGAGCUGCGUGGUGAGUCAGAGCACGCUUCUCACAAUCUCCUCUCUGAGUCAACUGACUCAGCUGAGUAUCACCAACACGGCUGAUGAGUCAGUGGGAUUCUGCGAGUCAAUUGUGCCACUUUUGUGUGUCAGAGGCAGUCAACUCACCUCCCUUCUGCUGGCAACAUUCACCUACGUUGACUUGAAUGUGAUAGGGGCAGCGUGCCCCAACAUCGAGAACCUGGCACUGAGCAACGUCGCGGUGUUCGAACCUGUGGCGCUGGCCACGGCUUCAGCCAGCGGCGGCAAGCCCUUCGAACGUCUGCAGGCUUUAGAGAUAUGGACGGAGCUGCGCAACAGCAGCUGCAGUGCUGCGGUGCUGCGGCUGCUGCUGCUGCACUGCACAGCACUGCGCAACUUGCUGCUGCGCGGCGCUGACCAGCUCAGCCAUGACCAGCUCAUGACCAUCUGGCUGACGAGCAACCCGAUGCAGGAGCUGACGCGCCUGACGCUGGACACGUGUCCCAACGUGACGUCAUCAACCCUCGAGUUCCUGCUGACUCAGGAGAACAAGUUGAACAUGUUGCGCGUCUGGAACUGCUUCAACAUACACAAGUCACAUGAAAUAAACAUCCUAAGUAUGAUUAAAACAGGCAACAUGGAUGUCUACUUUGAGUGGUACGCCUGGGAGGGGUGAUCUGUGGUUGCCGUCUGUCCAGUGUGUCACAUGAGUGUGUUGCCAGGUGCGCGAUGCUGCCAGAUGCGCGGAGUUGCCAGAUGCGCGGUGUUGCCAGAUGCGCGGUGAUGCCAGAUGCGUGAUGUUUCAAGAUGCGUGACGUUGCCAGAAGCGCGGUGUUACCAGAUGAGCUGUAUUUCAUGACUUGGAAUGCUUCGUCUUAGUAAAGCAAGUGCUGUGGUACUCUUUUUUUCGUUAAUUCUAUAUUUUCUUUAACAUUGGCUACAUUUUCAGCGGUUUCUUAUUUUACCGUUCUAGCAAUCAUUGGCCUUUAAAAGGCACAAAAAUAUUACAAUAAUUACCUUUCUUGUGUUACAAGCCAUCAUUGACUUUAAAAGGCACAAAAAAUGUAUUUUUUAAGGCAUCAGCUAUUCUGAUGCCACUCAAUUUCUAAACAAUCAAUCAAUCUCUAAAUCUCUAAUAUCAAUUAAUAACUGUAUUAUUAUUCCGUUACUACAUUAGAUAAAUUUCCUCACAAACGAAUUCUUAUUAACAUCGCUAG